UAAUAAUAGUAAAGUUUACGUUUUACAACAAUAUUUUGCUUCUGCUUUAAAGGUUUAUAAAGAAAAACGUUUGAUAACGAAAUACAGAUAAAAAUCAUUACCAAGUAAAUUCAAGCGCAAAACCCUUAUUAAACCUCACCAUCGUGCUUAAGUGAUUGCCAAUACUUUUUAAGCAGACAUGGCAACAGGUUCUGGAUCUGGUACCGGAACAGGUGACUGUGAGGGAGAGGAAAAGGAUGACUCUUCUUCUCACCCAGAAGUCCUUGAACUGACUGAAAAUUUAAACUCUUUGAGUGUUGAUAAAAAUCAGAAGGAUUAUGAAGAUGAGUUGUCACAAUUCCGACAACAAUGGCAGCGUGAGUUGGAGGCCAGCCCAUCACAUCAUAAAGAUGUGACAAAACCAGUGCCAGACUCAAAAGACAGCAGUCUGCAGUCUAAAGAAGACCAGGCUAAAAGCUUGUACCUUCUGGGUAUUGAAAUGGAGAAUGGUGGGAAGCUUUAUGAGGCAAUUAAACAUUACAAGAAAGCAUUACAAAUUUGUCCCGAUGUUGAAGCAAAACUAUAUGCUGGUAGAGAACAGAAGAUUGUUGCUCGUGCAGUGGUAGAGGAAGAGGAAGAGGUCACAAAUAACACGGUAGCAGACGACAGUGAUGAUGACGAUGCAGUUGAGGGGGAAGAAUUUGUUUCGCGGAUUAAAAGGAAGGGUUAUCUCUUACAGACAAACUACCCAACUAAAGGUGGUCACAUGUCAUGGCUUCCAUAUGAGGUGCUGCAGCUGAUCCUACGUUGGGUAGUUAGUUCGGAUCUCGAUUCCGUAUCUUUGGAACGCGUAUCAGCUGUCUGCCGUGGAUUCUACGUCGCUGCAAGGGCCGAUGAAUUGUGGAGGUCUAUGUGCAUUAGAACAUGGGGUGCAGAGUGUGGUACGCCUCGCCUGCACAAAUUUACUUCUUGGCGACAGAUGUACAUAGAGCGGCCCAGACUUAACCUGAACGGCUGCUACAUCAGCAAGACCACGUACCUCCGUCCCGGAGAGAACAGCUUCCAGGACCAGUUCUACCGGCCUUGGUAUUUCAUUAACUAUUUUCGAUACCUCAGAUUCUUCCCCGAGGGUUUAGUGUUAAUGUGGACCACCCCAGAUGAGCCAAUCAACUGCUUGUCCCACCUCAAGUAUCGCAAUGCCAAGCAUAGCCAGGGCAUCAUGUCGGGACAUUAUCGUCUCUUUGAGAAUAAGGUUAUUAUAGUAAUUAAGAAGUCCAAUGCAGAGAAGAAAGCUCCACAAACUUCCAACAGGCGAUUUCGUGCCCGACGCAAAGAGACUCACGAACAGGAACAGAUGUACCAUAUCGAGUUGGAGCUUUGCAACGUUCGGUACCGUCGCAAUUGGUCUCUAGUCUGGAAGCACUACGCAGUCUCCACUCGCGGCCAAUGGUCUCACUUUGAGCUCGGCGUCAGAAAAUUCCCUUCCUUUGUGUUCAGCCCCGUCCGGAAUUACACGGCUGAGUCAAACGAGCCACUCACUUCCUAUUCUUGAGCUUAAAUAUCGCUUACAACACUCUUGCGCAGUUCUACGUGGUUGUAAUUUUAUUUAUAAGUGUAUUUCAAAUAUUGUUUAAAAAACAAAGUUAAACUCUAUAUUUUUGUGAUGUGUAAAUAGAUUGGGAAAAGCUAAUAAAGAUAUUGUUGCACAA